AUGUCGAUUAUUGUCGAUAAACCGGAUACGAUGCAAAAUGAGCCGAUAGAAAUUGGUGCUCACAAGUUGAAACCCAAUGAGGUCUACACUUUCAAGUUGACGUAAGUGAAGAGUUAUCAAAAGUUCUUGAUAUCAAAUUUCAGACUCUCACAUAACUAUGGAACUCAUCGAUCUAGUGCCACAUUUCGAUCGGAUGAUUCGGGCGUAAUUAAUUUGGCCUAUAUGAGUCCGCUUCGUGGAUCUUAUCAGGGAAUUGAUGCGAUGGGGUUGUUUUUAUCGAUUGCACCAUGUGAAGAUUUUGCGUUUGGUGGAUAUUUGAGGUGUACACCGCCUAUUCCAUUUUAUUACUUAUUGCAGUAAGUUAGGGCGGAUUUGAGGAACCGAAAAGAAGGCUAGAGUUAGAGAUUCAGAGAGGCUAGGAAGUUAGAGACACAGAGAAAAUAGACAACUAGAGUUAGAGACGCAGAUAAGCUAGGAUAUUGAAGUUAGAGACGCAGAGAAAAUAGACAACUAGAGUAAAACAUAUAGAAAAGAUAGAUGAUUAGAGUUAGAGACGCAUAGAAUGCAGACAACUAGAGUAAAAUAUGCUGAAAAGGUAGACAACUAGAGUGAGAGACGCAGAGAAACUAGACAACUAGAGUUAGAGACGUAGAAAAAUUAGACAACUAGAGUUAGAGACGCAGAGAAACUAGACGACUAGAACAUGUCUUUUUCAAAGUCCAAAGUUUUUCCCGUUCAAAGUGCAACUUCGGUGUCAAAAAGUUUAGGUUUUUAUCAAAAAAAUUGACAUUUUUGAUUUAUUAUCGAAAAAUAACGAUAACUGAUUUUCAACGAAAAUGCUUUUUUUUUUGAAAAUCCACGUGGCAUGCAAUUUUCAGACUUCUCGAUGCCUCUGAAAAUAUCAUCGACCAAACGUAUAUCAAAAAACACUGGUGUCACCCGAAUCUCGAGCGUACUGAACUUGAAACCAAAGACUUCGGAUUCUGCGGAACACUCUUCCGACCGCCAGGCAAAGGACCAUUUCCCUGUAUCAUGGACCUGUCAGGAACUGGAGGAGGAAUUCACGAGCAUAAAGGAGCGAUGUUAGCUUCCGAGGGUUUUGUCGUCCUUUGCUGCGCCUUUUUUCAAUACAAAGAUUUGCCUUUCAAAAUGGAAGACGCCGAUUUGAACUACUUCAACGCGCCCAUCGAUUUUCUACUAUCUCGCGACUACACUUCGGACAUUUUGGGUAUUCAAGGAGUAUCGUUUGGCGCGACAAUUGUUGAUCUACUUGCAACAAGACAUGGUGAUCGAGUCAAAGCGGUUGUAAGUAUUAAUGGACCGUGUGUUGUGUCGGAUUAUGUGCAUAUGAAGGAGAAUGGGAAAACGAUGCCGCAUUUGAGUCACGGACAAGUUUCGCUCGAAACUAUGCGAUUCAGAAAUGGAAUUUUGUUGACGGAUAAGAAUUUUCAAUAUUUGACUAAGGAAUUGACGGAUGAAACGGAAAUUCCAUGGGGAAGAAUACCUACUGAUGUGAAGAUGAGAGUUAUUGUAAGUUGGAAAUUUUGCUUUUUUUGCAACAAAGAUCUUGAAAUUUGAAGAAUUUUAGCAUUUUUUGUGAAAAAACGAAACAAAUUCACAAACCAUCGUGUUGUCUGCCGUCUCUCUUACGCAUUUCUAUCUCUCAUUUUCUCCGCUUCUCUCUCCUCGUCUCUUCUAGCCACUCUCUCGUUUAUUUUCUUCGUGAAAUCAGAAAAUUUCACGAUUUUCACCGAAAACAUAUAUGAGAGGGUAGAAAAAGACAAGGCAAACGCAGAAAAAAUAGGAUUUUAAAAUAAAAUUUGACAGAAAUUUCACAAAAAUCGAUAAUUUUUCAAUUUUCAUACGUGAACUUGAUGACGUGGCAUUUCAUUUUUCAUUUUUGCUCACACAAAAUUCCCAAAAACUGUCAUUUGUGUCAAUUUUCGUCAAAUUUUCUAGGGUUCCGUGGAUGACACGUGUUCACCAUCAGUUCACACGACACUUUAUCGCCAAAAACGACUGAAAGAAACCGGACACGACGUGGAGGGUUUGUUAGAGACGCAGAGACAUUUUUUGAAGUACCCGCUCCGUUUUGUUGCAGGUUGAAUUGGUGAAUGGUGGACACAUCAUGGAACCACCAUAUUUCCCGCAUCACGAGCUGGUCUACGCCAAAUUCCAGGGAUUCUAUUGUGGUUAUGGUGGAGAGAUUGUUUUGCAUGCGAAGAGUCAGGAGAAGACGUGGGCGAAUACAAUUGCAUUUUUCAAAAGAGCCUUGGGAGCACCGGCUGAGAUUCCUGACUGGAAACGGCUGAAAAUUGUGGUGCCACCGAAAAAAGAAAAUGAGGCCAAGCUUUGA